AUGGCCCCCGUUGCUACCUCCACUGCGCCCGAGCAGCUCAGCACUCUCCCUUCAUCUGACGCAACCCCCAAAAAGUCCACAAAAUCGGCAUCCUCUUCUUCAGGCAAGGCUCAUCCACUCAUCGAUCUUUACUCUGGCUCCUCUGAAGGACAGCAGUCCCAGACGGACACGCUGCGGGCAGAGAUCCUACAUGGACUUAAGGGAUCCAAGACUUCUAUUGUGCCUGGCUCGACGGAGGAUGCUGAAGAUGUCAAGUGGGCUUACAACAAGACGCUGCCGACGAUGAUCUUGUAUGACGAGGAGGGGCUGAGGCUGUAUGAUGAGCUCGUCAAUGUACCAGAGUACUACCUUUGGAAUGCCGAGACUUCCAUCUUACAGCAACACGGCGCAGAGAUUGCUCAUCGACUCUUUGGCCUUCAGACACCCGCAACCCACGACCUGCUUCGGAAAGACAAUGCUCAGCAUACCCCACAGGACACGCGACGAGUCUGCGAAGAGUUGAACUCCCAGCAAAAGGCCAAUGGUAACGGUCACUCCACAGUUGGGGAAAGUGCUUUCAACUCACGUCUGUCAUCGGCUCAGAGCGCUGGCGGCUCGCCCACGCUCGUGGAGCUGGGUGCGGGCUCGCUCCGCAAGACCAUUCACCUAUUGCGAGCAUUGAAGGACCUGCCCGUACCCCAGACGCACUACUAUGCCCUCGAUCUGGACAAGGCCGAGCUCAACCGUACUCUCUCCGACUUGCAUCAGCAACUAGCUACCUCGGCGGACGAUCCCAACACUGUCCUCUCUGGUAAAGUCGACAUCCGAGGCAUCUGGGCUACCUAUGACCAAGGUCUCGAUCUGGUCGGCAGGGAUGGCUUGGACGCUGCAGAAAGCGCUCGUCGUUGCUUGAUGUGGCUGGGCUCAUCCAUUGGAAACUUUGAACGAAGAGACGCUGCCGAGUUCCUCAAGAAGUGUGCUGAUACGGCUCUGCGACCUGGUGAUACUAUGCUCGUCGGAAUUGAUAGGCGCAACACUCCUCGGGACGUUGAGCUUGCUUACAAUGACCCUGCUGGCGUGACAAGAUCGUUUAUCAUGAAUGGCCUCAAGCAUGCGGACAGGCUAUUGGGAGGCAAUGUUCUCAGCUCUGCUCGCUUCGAGUACCAUGAUCGAUACAAUGUCCUCGAAGGUCGUCACGAGAGCUACUACCGCUCGCUGGAAGAGCAGGAUCACUCCCUGCCCGACGGCAGUACCGUGCAUCUGGCAGCCGGCGAGCUUAUCCACAUCGAGCGCUCGUACAAGUACUCUGAGAGAGAGACCCUCGACGCUCUCGAUCACGCAGGUCUCCGCGUUGUCCAGAAGUGGUCCACUCCUUCGUCCCCACACUACGACCUGUGGCUACUCGAGAAGCCACCCUUCCACUUCGAGUCGACGCGCUUGUGCACUGGCUGGAGGCAGAGUCUCUCGCAGGGCCUUUCCGUCGCGCAAGCUCACAACAGCAAUGGCUCCCAUGAAUACGAUGCCGACGGAGGUGCUUCAUCACUGGCCGUUGGUCCUCGUCCGCAACCACACAUCUCGUGGGGAUCAUGGGGAAUCCCGACUGCGUCGGAGUGGAGCAAGGUUUGGAGUAGCUGGGAUACCAUCACCUUGACCAUGAUUUCUCGCAAGUUGCUCCACCAGAAGCCGAUUGAUCUGCGACAUAUCUGCCUCUUCUACAUCGGACAUAUCCCUGCAUUCGUCGACAUUAUGCUGCUCAAGACUUUGCCGGAUCUCAAGGCCAUCGACGAGCACUACAAUGCCAUCUUCGAGCGUGGCAUUGACCCGCAUGUGGAUGAUCCGACGCAGUGCCAUGCUCACAGCGAGGUACCUCAGCGAGAGGAAGACUGGCCACGAGUUGAAGAGAUCCUCGCCUAUCGCGAACUGGUGAUGAGGAGGGUCGAAGACAUCUAUCACGACGUCGCUAGUGGCAAGCGCAGCAUGGACCGUCGGCUAGCGAGGACCCUGCGAAUGGCAAUGGAGCACAUUGAGCUCCAUCAAGAGACGCUCCUCUACAUGCUUGCACAGUCCCCCAACACACUCCCUCCAAAAGACGUCUCACCUCCCGACUGGGCCUCUCUUUCCCGUGUCUGGGACCAGCAGGACGCUCGACAGGGAGGUCAAGAGGCUCGCGAGGCUCUGCUCUACUUCAAAGCCGAUAAGGUCGACCUUGGUCACAACGACGAUGACGAAGAAGACUUCGAUAUCCGUACGACAAAGGUCUCAGACGAUGUCUCAUCCCUCAAUGCCCAGCUCGCUCAACCUGAAUUUGGAUGGGACAAUGAGACUCCUGUGCGAAAAGUACAGACGGGCGCCUUCUCCAUCAUGGCCACUCCUGUCAACAAUGAACAAUACGCCUCCUUCCUCAAGGCCACUGGAUCGAGCGACUAUCCUUCUUCUUGGAUCGAAACCGCCUCUUCGACCUCUCCGUACAGUGUCCGCACCGUCUUCGGUCCAGUGCCAAUGUCCGUCGCCCGUCUCUGGCCUGUACAAGGCUCUGGAUCUCAACUACGAAAGUAUGCAGCCUGGAAGGGAGGUCGACUCCCCACUCACGCCGAGCUACGCCGUUUCCUCGACGCCAGCACCUCACCACAAUGCGUCGACCGACCAGGCACCAACGUCGGUUUCCGCAACUGGCACCCCGUCCCUGCUGAUCUGCCCCGCGUAGACGGGGACGGCCUUGUCAUCCCAGGCCACAAUGGCGGUGUGUGGGAGUGGACCUCUACGGCAUUCAUGGACUAUCCAGGCUUCCGUGCCUCUGCACUCUACCCGGCUUACUCGGCCGACUUUUUCGAUGGGAAACACGACGUGGUGCUGGGUGGCAGUUGGGCUACCACGCCUAGUGUUGCUGGAAGACGAACGGUCUGCAAUACCUACCAGAGGGAAUACCCUUAUAGCUUCAUUGGCGGACGAGUCCUCUUUGAUGAAGAGACGACCGUCAAGGGUCCGAGGAGCCCAGUCAGGAAGUAG